AUGGUUCUAUUAGAUUUUAUACGUGUUACGCUAUUGACAAGUAUUGUUGUAGAUGGGGCUAUUCAGUCAAUUAGGCCUGAGGAUCUUAAAGGCUAUAACAAAAUUUGUCACAGUCUAACGAGUGAACCCUACUUCGAAAAAUCUUUGGCAGUGGAGAGUACGUGGACGGUCUAUUACUCGUGGAACUUGGAUUUGUCAAACACGUGUCCAGAAUUGUCUUUUCAUUAUCCCGAUGACACAGCAAUAAAUCGCAUAUAUAGCCAAAUGCACCGGUACAUGCAGACAGAACCACCAUGGUCCGAGGCAGUUUUUGAAAUAACCAUGGAAGGUCGUAGGAUGCUGCUGUUCAAUGAUCCGAGUGGAAUUCAAGGCAGAUUUCAGGGAGUGCCUCUUAUUGAAGAUAACGAAUUUGAUUUUGCAUUUAAAUCGACAAAGAUACCGUUAUUAGAAAUGUCCAUAAAGUUUCUUGAGGGCGGAAAAUAUUUGAUCUCGUCGAGUUGUCAUGUCGGCGGCGGCUCUGCGCUUGCGGUUCGUCGGAAAGGUAGACCCAAGAAAGCAGAAAUUGAUGCAGUUGCAGCCGCUUACGAUUUCGGCAAACGUUUUCCAACCUGCAUUAAGGAGUGGUGA